AUAUGGCACACGUCUAUUAAGGAAACAGGAUAAGAAUCGGAAACAUAAAAAAGAAAUCUAUGAGAAUAAUCACAUCAGCAACCACAGACCAUUAAUUGUUCUCAUAUCACAACUACAAAACAAAGUCAUACAAGUUUGGAACAACAUGAUGAGUCAGGUGAAAUGAUGUCAAGCAGAGUUGGCAGCUUUGCCCGUCCCCAUCUGCGUGGUGUCUUACUGCUAAUGUGUCUGUUUAUGAUCUCUUGCCUGUUCAUGUACGACAGCUCGUCCUUCAAUUGUUUCUUACGCCACAAUGGACCAAUCAGAUCGGAGCAAAAAGAGGUUCUGAUUCUCAUCUGGCUCUGGCCUUUCAACAAAUCGUUUGACCUAGACGCCUGCAAGUCACAGUUCAACAUAGACGGCUGUCGCCUCACGGCGGAUCGUGAUCUGUACGACAAAGCAGAUGCCGUCCUUGUACAUCACAGAGACAUUAUUUGGGACUCCUCCAAUUUGCCCACAUCCCCUCGUCCUCCGCACAAGAAAUGGAUUUGGAUGAAUUUGGAGUCGCCAUCAAACACGCAACAGAUCCCUAAUCUGGAUAACCUAUUUAAUGUUUCGCUCAGCUACAGACAGGAUGCAGAUAUCACAGUACCGUAUGGGUGGGUCGUUCCAACCCAUCAGGAGUUGAAUCACUUCAUUCCCCCCAUGAAGGACAAAAUGAUCUGUUGGAUUGUCAGUAACUUUCAGUUUUACCACAAGAGGGCACACAUAUACCAGGAGCUCCAGAGGUACGUGGAAAUCCACACCUUUGGUGCCGCUUUCGACCAACCUGUUUCUGAGGAGAGUUAUCAGGAAAUCCUAUCCAGCUGUACAUUUUAUCUUUCAUUCGAGAACUCGGAGCACAACGACUACAUUACUGAAAAACUCUACAACGCUUUACAGCUCGGUACUGUGCCUGUGGUACUAGGCCCAUCUAGGCAAAACUACGAGCGUUUCGUCCCCCGUGACGCAUUUAUCCACGUUAAUGACUUUCCUUCUGUGAGAGCUCUGGCGAAGUAUCUGCUUCUUUUAAGCAGGCAUGAGACGCUGUACAGGCGGUACUUCAACUGGAGGCGACAUUUUGAAGUGAAGAUCAGCUCUUUUCCUGCAGAGCAUGCUUGCUACAGCUGUGAUUACAUCAGACGACACAAAGAGUACCAAGUGCUUACCAAUCUUUAUCAGUGGUACUGGGGUUUGAAUGGAGAAUUAGAUGAGCCAUGGUUUAGGUCAAAAGACAAUGUAAGACUAAAGAAUCAGAAUUUAAAUCAAAUAGACUUUAAUUGAUUCAUCAGUUUGAUCCAUGUUGUAAGUAAGAUUAUUGAAGCAGCUUUUCAAAAAAAAUUGUUUUUCCACUAAUAUGUUUCAAGCAAAUUUCACAAAUAUGGAAAUUAGGUAAAUUAACAAUGUUAAGUAAAUGAACACUGUAAAAAUAUGUGAUAUCUACUUUAAAAUUUUUAAACAACAUUAUAUAAUAUUUUAUAUAAUAAGUACAGUAAUAUAUAAUAAGUACUUUUUAAGGCUUACUUCUUUAAUAAUUUACUUCAUAUUUAUUAUUAUAUACCACAUUAUGAUGAGCAAGUAAGAAUAGACUGGUCUUUCUAAGAAAGGAUGUGUUAAUUUUUUAGUCAUAUUAUAGAUGGUUUCAUCGGUUGCAUGUGCGAUGAUGCGAUUACGCGUCUGGUCAGAACUUUAAUUCCGGCCUCAUAUUGUUUAAUGGUCUGACUAGUAAACUGAACUCCUAAACAAAUACCUCGUUGAAAAUAACAAUUCCUAUGCAACCUAUGUGUUGUUUAUUUUAAAAUAAAAGUACUUUAUUGUUGUUGAUUCUUAGUGGAGUUUACCGGAAGUUACGUGUGUUCCACGAAAGCCAUUUGUUUAUGUUGUUACUGCUGAAACUGUCUAUACAUUAUGUGUCAUUUUGUUUUAAUUUUGUGUUCAAAUGAAACACAAGUUGUGUUAAAAGUGAUAAAAAAUGUGUUGGGUUGCACUUUUUUUUACAGUACGUGUACUUACCAUGUACAUAUAUGGUAAAUAAGUUGUACUUACGACAAAUGUGUUGUACUUACUUUUAGGUAUCUACAUGGUAAUUAAUUGGUAUCAUUACUGUACUUACCAGUAGUACAUACUUGGUAGUUAUUAUGUAACUCUAGGUAAGUACUGGGUAAUAACAUAUACAUACGUAUAGUGUAAGUAUACUGUAAAUAACGAGAAACAUACUGUACUUACAAAUAAAUGUACAAUAUAAGUAUUUAGUAUUUAUAGGCAAGUUAGAUUUAUAGAUGACAGGUAUUUAUAGUGUACAUAUUAUGAUAACUUAUAUCAAACACUACUGUACUUACAAAUUGUAUAUACACAAAAUCCAUAACUGACUAUAAGUUACUGAAUAAACUUGACACUGUGGAGAGAAAUACAAUAAAAUGUUC